GGCGGCGGCCGGAGAGUUGUCGGCUGGGAAAUGGCGGCCGCGGGCUUGGUCGCUGUUGCAGCGGCUGCUGAGUACUCUGGCCCAGUGGCAUCGGGUGGUAACCUUUCCGGCGUUAACUGCGGCCCUAGCCUCGGGGCGGGCUCCGGUCCUGGCCCAGGCUCGUGGAGCCGCUCCCUCGAUCGAGCCCUGGAGGAAGCGGCAGUAACCGGGGUGCUGAGCCUGAGCGGCCGGAAACUGAGGGAGUUUCCCCGGGGAGCGGCCAACCACGACCUGACGGACACCACCCGGGCGGACCUGUCACGAAACCGCCUCUCAGAAAUUCCUAUAGAAGCAUGUCACUUUGUUUCUCUUGAAAAUCUCAACUUAUAUCAAAAUUGUAUUCGGUAUAUCCCAGAGGCGAUUCUAAACCUGCAGGCCCUAACAUUCUUAAAUAUUAGUCGGAACCAACUGUCAACAUUGCCAGUACACUUGUGUAAUUUACCAUUGAAAGUUUUAAUUGCUAGUAAUAACAAAUUGGUAUCACUUCCAGAAGAAAUUGGACAUCUCAGACAUUUGACAGAACUUGAUGUGAGCUGCAAUGAAAUUCAAACUAUACCUUCCCAGAUUGGUAAUCUAGAGGCCUUGAGAGACCUUAAUGUGAGAAGAAAUCACUUAGUACGUUUGCCUGAAGAGCUGGCAGAGUUACCUUUGAUACGGUUAGACUUCUCAUGCAAUAAAAUUAUAGCAAUCCCUGUUUGUUAUCGGAAUCUUAGGCACCUACAAGUGAUCACCCUAGAUAACAAUCCACUGCAGUCACCUCCUGCACAGAUAUGUAUAAAAGGCAAAAUCCACAUAUUUAAAUUCCUGAACAUACAAGCUGGUAAGAUUGCUCCAGAUCUGCCAGAUUAUGAUAGGAGACCCUUGGGUUUUGGCUCCUGCCAUGAAGAACUAUAUUCAGGUCGCCCUUAUGGAGCCCUUGAUUCAGGUUUCAAUAGUGUGGACAGUGGUGAUAAGAGAUGGUCAGGGAAUGAGCCUACAGAUGAAUUUUCAGAUCUGCCUCUCCGAGUAGCAGAGAUUACUAAAGAGCAAAGACUACGACGAGAAAGCCAAUACCAAGAGAAUCGCAACAGUUUAAUAGUAACAAAUGGUGGAGUGGAACAUGAUCUGGAUCAAAUUGACUACAUUGACAGCUGUACUGCAGAGGAAGAAGAGGACGAGGUGAAACGGUCCAAGGGACUGGACUCAGAGAGCCUCAGUUCACAGUUUAUGGCAUAUAUUGAACAACGGCGAGUCUCUCAUGAGUGUUCACCAGUAAAGACAAGUGCCAUUAGGGAGUUUCAAAAAACAGAAGACAUGAGAAGAUAUUUACAUCAAAACAGGGUUCCAGUUGAGCCAUCUUCUCACUUAUCACUAUCACCAAGUCACAAUCAGCUGUCACAUACAGACUUGGAACUUCAUCGGAGAAAAGAACUAUUAGUAGAGCGCACUAGGAGAGAAGCACAGCUUGCUGCCCUGCAGUAUGAGGAGGAGAAAAUAAGGACUAAGCAGAUUCAGAGAGAUGCUGUCCUGGAUUUUGUCAAGCAAAAAGCAUCACAAAGUCCACAAAAGCAACAACCCCCCACAGAUGGUGAGUGUCCUUUCCCAUCCAGAAGGUCUCAACACACUGAUGAUAGUGCCUUGUUAGUGUCGCUGUCAGGGUUGAAUCAAGUGGGCUGUGCUGUUACCCUGCUUCAUUCUUCUGCCUUCACGCCUCUUAAGAGUGAUGACAGAUCUACUGCCUUAUCAAGUUCACCUACAACAGAAACAGUUCAUCAUUCCCCUGCAUAUUCUUUUCCUGCUACCAUCCAGAGAAAUCAACCCCUGCGCCCUGAAAGUUUCCUUUUCCGAGCAGCUGUCAGGGCAGAAACAAAUAAAGGCCAUGCUUCACCUCUCCCAUCUUCUGCACCUACCACUGAUUCUACAGAUCCCAUAUCAAGGCAGAGAGAAGAAGAGCUGAAAUUAAUAGAACAACUACGAAAACAUAUAGAGUACCGACUAAAAGUAUCUCUGCCUUGUGAUCUUGGAGCAGCUCUAACUGAUGGUGUUGUUCUUUGCCAUUUGGCCAAUCAUGUGCGUCCUCGAUCUGUCCCAAGCAUUCAUGUUCCCUCACCAGCUGUGCCUAAAUUAACAAUGGCAAAAUGCAGGCGAAAUGUGGAGAAUUUCCUAGAAGCUUGCAGAAAAAUUGGUGUACCUCAGGAGCAAUUAUGUUUGCCUCUCCACAUUUUAGAAGAGAAAGGUUUGAGCCAGGUGGCAGUGACCGUCCAGGCUCUCCUGGAACUUGCACCUCCCAAGCAGCAGCAGCACCAACUAUCUGCUGUUUAAGGACUCCCAGGACCUUGGCAUUGGCCUGACCCAAACAAGGAGCAGGACAACGAGAUUGCUGCUGUCAGCCGUCUGAUAUCAAACAAAGCUCUUAACGUGUUCUUAGAAGGAACUGUUUCCAUGAUUCCUACCAGGAAUGUUUUACUUCAUUUCUCCAUUUUAGGGGAGGUUAUGUCCAUUUCCACUGAUUUUUUUUUUUUUUUUGGUUAAGACCCAGUUGGUUUUCUCAUGAAACUUCUCAUUAUUGAGAACCCAACACUGAAGUCUAAACUGGCUGUGCUUUCCUAGAGGCUUAUUUCAAACACCACAGCAAACACCUUCUAAGAUAUUUGGCUCUCUUGAAGGCACAGACAUGCUAUUAUCUUUACCAGUUCCCAAGACAUCUAGGGUUCACUGAAUUCUAAACAGCUAUGCAUUUAGAAUUUCCUGGAGCAUUUGUUAAAAUACAGAUUCACAUUCACUAGGUCUGGGGUGAGGCCUGGAAAUCUGUAUUUUCAACACAUUCCCAUUUUUAAUUAGUGGAGACUUCUGCUCCAAGCCAGAUAGUUGUGUGGUUCUGUGGGGGCACUGCCUGCCCCCUGCAUUUUUCAGCCACAUUUAAAAAUCAGAAGCUGUAUUAUGAUGACAUAGACUAUUCUGUUAGAGGCAAAAUUCAAAUAAUAUAGAAGGCCUAGAUUUUAAAUAGCUAAACAGAGAAACGAUACUGUUGUAUUUGAAGCCAGUGUACUAAGCCCCCCUCCAACUCCAGCCCAUUACCACAUCAACUUCUUCCUGAGGAUGGUUCUACGUAUCAUCCUGCUAUUAUCUAAAUAAAUAAGCACUCUAUCCUGAGAUUCCAAGUCCUUAAGCUGGUAACAUGUACCACUCUGAAUCAUUUGCAUGAACUUCAAUGAGCCACCCUUAGCCCCAAGCUGCUCCCAGGACACCUGGACCUGCAGAUAUAUUCCAGUCACAGCAAUGUAACACAUCCAGCUCCCCAUCUAAUGGAAGAUUAUAAAAAAGCAAAUGAAAAGGAAGAAAAAAGCCACAUUCUUUAUAUUCUUACAGGUUAACUGCCAGUUUCCAUGACUGAAAGAAAGCAUUUAGGGCAUCUUAAAAACUGCUUCCUGUCUUUGUCUUACCCUCACUGAGCUCCACCAUUAGUGCCUUAUAUACCCAAUUGUGGGUGGAGGGAAAGGGCCACUGGCUCACACAACACAAAACCAGGAGCCUUUAAUUCAAGUUUAAACCACAUAGGUUUUUCUUCCCUGUAUUUUGAGCCCUUUUUAGUUGUCAGCGAUAUCUUUUGGUGUUGACUGCCUUUGUAAACCAGAUAAAUAGAGUAAGUAAAGAUACUAGUUAUAUAGGGAUUUUUUUCUCUACUUAUUAACUAUUUUGGAUUUUCUUUAUCAUUGCAUGCAUUUAACAUAAAUGUUUUCCUUCUUUAUCAUGUGAAUGCAGCAUCUAAUAGUUUUGGACAAAAUCAUUUUGAGUAUUUGGUAAAAAUAAUGUUUGUUUUUUCCUUAUUCCUGCACAGAUUUGGGUUCACUAGAACAUUACCAUUUUGUCCAAGUUUAAAAUUAUGUACCAUAGCCGGGCAUAGUGGUGCACUCCUGUAAUCCCUGUAGUUUGGGAGACUGAGACAGGAGGAUUCAAAAUUCAAGACCAGCCUUAGCAACUUAGCAAGGCCCUAAGCAACUUAGUGAGAUCCUGUCUCAAAAAUCAAAAGGGCUGGGGAUGUAGCUCAGGAGCAAAGCAUCCCUGGGUUCAGUCUCCAAUACCAAAAAAUAUAUAUGCACACACACAUAUGUAUGUAUGUGUAUACAUGUAUAUGUAUACAACACAAAACCAGGAGCCUUUAAUUCAAGUUUAAACCACAUAAGUAUGUAUACAUUCAUACAUAUACAUAUAUACACACAAGUGUAUAUACAUAUAUAUUUUGGCACUGGAUAUAUAUGGAUAUGUUACAUAUAUACAUAAAACACCUAAACUCCAAAGCCCAAUCCUUCGAGGUCCUCACAGAACAAAAGUAAAAAUGUCUUAUAAGUGCUUAAGCCAGACCCCAUUAGAGUUACAAUUCCAAAUAGACUCACCAACCAUAUAACUUGUUUAGAGUUUAGCUGUAUUUUUUAACUACAGAUAUUUUUCCUUCUAGUCAACGUUGAACCAUUAAACCUCAGUACAAUCUCCAAAUUGUAGACUUUAACAUAUUAUAUGGUGCAUAAGUAUAGAAGACAUUACAUAAUGUAGCACUCGCAAUAUCUGCAACUAAUUUUUCUAUAGGAAUAAGUGGAGCUACAUUUCAACUUAUUUCAGAUUUUGCACAUAAUAUGAAACCUUGAUGUAUUUUUAUCAAACUAAUUCAAAUUUGUAUUUGAAUUAUUAGAAAAAAUGAUGUACAGUUUUGACUGAGAAUGAAGAAAAAUAUCAAGUAUUGAAUUUUUUCUGUGUUAGCAUGCAAAAAUCAUGGCAUUUUUGUUGGAGAAUUUUUGUAUAAUGUUUCAUUUGUACCUUUUGAUUUUAAAUUGGAAAGAACAAUUCAGUUUAACAUUCAACCUUGCUAGACUCCAAUGUAAGAUGAAAGUAGCCUUGUCACACUCCUUCCUAACCUGAAGCAGUGACCUUCCCACUACUGGAAGUGUGAACAGGCCAAGUCCUACCUGGUGCAGCCCUUGCCACCUACAGAGAUUUUAUGUCAGCAGUUUCCAGGGUUCGAAAUGCAUCUCUGCUUAAACACUCCAAACCAAUAUUCUCUUGUAAUAACUAGGUCUGGAAACAACUCGUGGGAGGAGGGGAUUUUAUCUGGCUAGAAUACAGAGUAGGAAAAGGCUUAGUAGUAGGUCACUUUCUUUAACAGCUUUCUAAAAUACAGCCUUAUACCUAAUCAAGGAGUCUAUAAUUUCUCUUGCUUCCUCCAGUCAGCAGUGACUAAUGAUGUGUGAUGAUACUGAUGAGUCUGAUGAAUUUUUUUUAAACUAAGUUCUUAAGUGGUUAUAGAAAUGAAGGAAAACAUGGAUAUUUAGAAGCCUUUUUUAUAUACACAUUGCAGUGAGAUGGUUUACAGCAGAUUUCAUUUUAUUUCUGAAAAUGUUACAAACAUGUAAUUAGUAAAAGAUUUUGUAAAACAUUGUCCUAUAUUUGUAUGUAAAUAUAUUGCAUAAGUUCUAAGUAUAAAUAUGUCAAUAUCAUGUAUGUUAUUUUAAAUUGCCUGUAUGUCACCUUACACAUUGACAUUAAAAUAAAAAACAACACUUUAGUAACUUGUAAUAAACAUUUGAAAGUGUGCAUAUCUAAA